AUGUCUACUUCCAACCCAUUGCAAAAUAUUUUAACACCAGACCAAUUUCAAAAAUGUAUCAACUUCUAUGAGGCUGACCAGAGAUUGGAUCAUAACGAUAGAGUCACAAUUGCGUCGCAAUUACAAGGUAUAGCAAUUAAGUCGAAUCUUAUUGGAUAUACUUCGGGUAUGUUGGGAUUCUUUGGCCCAACUGUCUACAUCAGACUUAUCAAAAAGCCACUCAUCACCCCAACUCCAUUCUUUUUGAUCCAAUAUCCAUUCUUCUCAUUGCUUCUUGGCUUUGGUACCUUGGUUGCUGGUAACUACUACUCAGGAAAGUAUUUCUUUAAAAAGACCAAGGAGACUCCAUCGUCUUUCCCCAAUACUAACGUCGCCAACGUGUGGAAGAAUAUGGAGUACCAAAACGUUGGUGCUUACACAUUGUACUACCUCAGAACAAGCUUCAAUCCAAUGUUCAUCAUCAGGGACCCAAGAACUUGCUCCGAUGAAGCCUUAGUUGAUGCUAAGCAAUCUGGCCAUUUCACAGACAGCCUUGGCUUGGGACAUACUGACUCUACUGGUCAAAAACACCCAUUGAGCGUCUGGGAUAGAUUGAGAUUGCACCAUGGUGGUGAUAUCAGUAAGUAG